AUGCUGGCUACAUUGAUAUUAAACUUAUGUACCUUUAUAUACGGCUUGGAAAUUGGAUGGAUAUCACCUAUUACGAAGACACUACAAUCUGAAUCAUCACCUCUUGGUUAUUCUUUAUCUGAUGAUGUUAUGGCGUGGGUAGCAAGCAGUUCUUGUUUCGCUGCUGGUUUCGGAGUAUCCAUAUAUUCAUAUUUAGCAGAUAAAUAUGGCAGAAAAUUAUCCAUACAAGCAGUUAUAAUUCCACAAAUGUUAUCAGUCUGUUUAAGAUUAGUAUCGCCAACAGUAACUGCACUUCUUAUAGCUAGGAUUCUGGCUGGAUUAGCUGCUGGUGGUGUUUACAUUGUAGUUCCAAUGUAUAUAAAGGAAAUCAGUCAAGAAAGCAUUACUGGUACACUCGUGUCACUGCAAGUUCUGUAUCAGAAUUUGGGAAUAUUGGUUAUGUACAUUGUCGGAAUAUACUUGGACUAUUAUACGAUACUAUGGCUUUCUACGAUCUUGCCAGUUGUAGCGUUGCUUUUGCAACUGAAAGUUCCUGAAUCUCCCGCGUUUUUGGUAAAACAGGACAAAAUUGACACAGCAUAUCAUGUGGUGGCUUUACUGCGGGGCUUAGAAUGUCACGAUAAAAGAGUCGAAAGUGAAUUAGAAUACAUGCAACGUCAAGAGUCUGAAUUUAAUGCUAUGCCAAAUAUUAGUCUUUUCACUAUAGUUAAAGAAAAAGCAUGGAGGCGUGGCAUUAUCAUAGCCAUACUACUGUUCUCCGUCCAAGCAUGGAAUGGAGCAUACGCUAUAAUUACCUACGCUUCUCCCAUUCUGGAAUCUACUGGAGUAAAGUUCGAUAUUAGCCCUGAAUAUCAAAGCAUCAGUUUCCCCAUCGUGAUGGUUUUAGCUAAUUGUGCAUUGACAAUCGUUGUCGAAAAAUGCGGCAGAAAGAUACUACUUACUGGAGCAUUUUUAAUAUCCGCUAUAGCCAUGAUAUCGUUGUCUGCAGCCAUGAUAAUGCAACUUUACGGUGGUACAGUCCCUAGUUGGUUGCCUGUCAUUUCGAUGAUGCUAUCAGCUUCAAUGUAUGCUGGAGGAAUAUGUCCUUUAUCCUUCCUUGUUACUACAGAAUUGUUUAAUUUUCAGAUACGCGCAACAGUAAUGGGCCUAGUGUGUUCAUAUGCGUGGGUUGCUUUCUUUAUUCCAUUGGUAGCGUAUGCGCCAGUGACAAAUGCCUUUGGCCAACAUAUAAGUUUUCUCAUAUUCGGAAUAAUGAAUGUUUUAGGUGCGUUUUUUACAUUAGUAUUUAUUCCAGAAACAAGAGGUAGAAAUAAUGAAGAGAUCAAAAAAGCAUUGGCUUGUGGCAAAUAA